AGAGCGUGCAGAUCGUGCUUGAGCCUGCAAGAGACGUUCCAGCCAUGUGCUCACCAACCAAGAGGACCCAGUGGAGGGAGGACCUGCAGCAUUUCCGCAAAGACCAUGGCUUCAGCAAGAAAGUCCUGCUCAACUGCUGCCUGGUGCGGCGCAUCAUCACAUGGGCCUCCCCAAACCCUAAAGACAGCGUUGAAGAUGAGCUUGAACUAUCUGCAGUCCGCCACCGCCCCGAGGGCCUGGAACAGCUUGAAGCCCAGACACGUUUCUCCCGCAAGGAGCUGCAGAUCCUCUACCGCGGCUUCAAGAAUGAGUGCCCCAGCGGCGUUGUGAACGAGGAAACCUUUAAAGACAUCUACUCACAGUUCUUCCCACAAGGAGAUGCUUCAACGUACGCACAUUUCCUGUUCAAUGCAUUUGACACAGAUCACAAUGGCUCUGUGAGUUUUGAGGAUUUUGUUAUGGGCCUUUCUAUCCUCCUGCGAGGCACAAUCCAGGAGAAACUGAACUGGGCUUUCAACCUGUAUGAUAUCAAUAAAGAUGGAUAUAUCACUAAAGAGGAGAUGCUAGACAUCAUGAAGGCCAUCUACGACAUGAUGGGAAAAUGCACUUACCCUGUCCUCAAAGAGGAGACGCCUCGUCAGCAUGUAGAAGUGUUCUUUCAGAAGAUGGAUAAAAAUAAAGACGGAGUGGUAACCAUAGACGAGUUCAUCGACUGCUGCCAAAAUGAUGAAAACAUCAUGCGAUCAAUGCACCUCUUUGAAAAUGUUCUUUAACUUUUGGCUGGCUGCGGAGGCUUUGGAAGAGAACAUCAUCUUUAGCUUGGCCCAACAACUGACUUGGACUCAUACUGUGUACAGUGCGCUAUGCAGACUUCUGACCAUAGAUAAAAUGUUGUUCAUUACUGUGGGCCACAAGUAGG